AUGCACGAGUACCGGCUGACAGAGGAUUUGUCUGUAGCUGGACUGGCUGGUACAGACGUGGCACAUGCUACAGCUGCAGAAAGGGAUGCAGCAGGUGGCGCUGCUGGUGGUGUUUUAGCCAGCAGCAGCAACAGCAGCCCCAAGGGCAGCACUUCGGAACGUCGAACUGGCACUGCUCAAAAGAUUAACCUGGCGUCAUGGGUGGUUGUGAGAGUGCUCAAGCGAAGCUCCCUGACAGCUGAGGAGCAAGCGACAGUGACGCAACAGGUGAUGGCAGCACAACAUGCAAUGGUAGCACAGCAGAGGAUGACAGAACAGCAGCAACUGGGUGGGGCUCCUCCCCAAGGUGUGAAUCCGUUGCUCUUAGUGCACCCGCCGCGAGAGAUCAGAGCAGAGCAGCAGGCAGUUGUCACAGGUGGUAUGGGAGGAAGCAACGUGGCAGUGGCUCGUGGGACUGCACACAGGAUGGGAAGUUUGGCACCAGCAACAGGGUACCCUAUGGGUGUGACAGGGGAUGUUAGGAGUGAUUCACCCUCGACAGACUCCCAAGGGGAUAACUCCCCAACCACACUCACAACCAGCCAAUCACCCAACUCUUCCUUUUCUGCAAUGCCUGUGGAUGUGCGGAGCAGUGACACAGCAAGCCAAGCAGCAGGUUUGGGUACAGGAGCAGCAGCAAUGGCGCCUGUAGCAAUGGAGUUAGCAGGAGUAGGAGCGGCAGUAGGAGCGGAAUUUGGAGCCGCCGGUAACCUCUCUACACAUCCAACCCCCGCAUCCGCUCUCCUCAAGCUUCCCACUUCCUAUGUCCAGGCCGGUGCUUUUGGGACGAAACAAAACAGUGCUGGCAGCAGCAGCAGGCCAGCAGUGCAGCAAGGGGUACUGCCCCAGCCGCAACUCAGCUUGGCAGAACUGCAGCAUUUGUUGUUGCUCCAUCAGCAACAAAGCAGCGCUUCAGCAAUGCAGCAAGGAGUAUUGCUCCAGCAGCGGCACCAACAGAACAUCCCGGCAGUGCAGCACGAGUUAGAGCAAGUCCUCUUUCACGACCCAUCAUUUAGGCAGCUUUUGUUUCAGGCGGAGUCUUCUGAGCCACCUUGCAGCAGGGACGAAGACCCUCUUAUUCAGGUCCAAGCAGAGGCAGCGCCUUUUGGCCUAUGGGAGGUGAUGCAGCAGGGGAUGCGCACUGGGGAGGAUCAGAUGGUACUUCCAGAAGGAAUGACAGUACCAGAAAGAAUGACAAUACCACCUACACCAGGUGCCACCGUGCUGACACCAGCCAAUCCCCUCCUUCCGCUCCCCCCCACCCACAACCACAUCCAGCUUCUGUCUCUCCCACUCACAAGAGCACCACCAAACCAGCAAGCUGGUUUCACGGUUACCUCUCAGCAACAGCAAGGCCACAGUGCACCACAGCAGAGCGGUUACCAGCAGGCGAUCGCAGCCCCUUUUUCCUCCUGGUCUGCUCCUCCACACCCGUUCCGUCCUACCCCUUCUGCUUCCAUGUCUGCAUCCUCAUCGGGUGACUCUCAGCCCUGUACAAUGCAGCGUCCAGCAAUCCUUCCAACAUUUUCUACCGCUGCUAGUGUUGCUGCUGCUGGUGGUGCUAGUACAGACCCAGCUGGUGCUGCUGAUUCAGCUGAGCCAGGGGACACAGCAGCAGGUCAAAAGGACCACCAGGAGGAGAUGCAGCAGCUGGCAAAUCUUCUCCGAUCCAUCUUAGGGAAUUCAGUGGCCAGUACCAAUGCUGCCACUGCCGAACCUGCCGCUUCAACUCGCACCAGUCCAGCUCCUGCCCCUGUCUUUGCUUCAAGUUCUGGUGAGGUUCCCAUAGCCUCUGCCAUUCAAACAAUGGCUGCAGCUCUCAAUAUGGCUUCAAGUGGGCUCUUAAAAAGCACAGCAGCGGGAUCGGUUGCAGCACCCCCAAAUUCUGCUGUAGCACCCCAAUAUUCGGUUCUGGCACCUACUGCAGGAGCCCAGCAGGGGAAAAGGCACAAAGGGCAGCACAUAGUGAAUGUUGGGUACCCAGAGCAGCAGCAGCAGCAGCAGCAGCAGCAGCAGCAGCAUGGCCAAUAUUCCCUGCAUGAAAUGCUUCAGCAGCACAUGUCUCAGCAGCAGGAACUCAGUCCCGACCCCCCGCGUCCCAGAAGCGCUUCCUGUCCUGCUGUCCCUCUGCAAGGUGGCAAUCACCAUGUAACGCCCUUUCGUACCACCCACAGCUACAACCAUCCCGGGUCAUUGCAAGGGGCGCUGGGUGUGCAGGGUGAGCAAGGGAGGACAGAUAUGGAAACCCAGAGUGAUUCGCUCCUCCAUACCAGCGUGUGGGGGAGAGGUGGACUAGAGGUGGCUGGAAGGGGGAAGGUGGGAGAGGGGAGGAGUGGAGGUGGAGAUGGUGGCCUGGAAGAGAUUAUCCGCCACACCAGCUGGUAUGGACGAGCAGGGGUCUCUGGCAUGGAGCAAAGAGAAGUGAAUUUCCCAGGAGGGGUGGGAGUUGCAACAGCAGGGGUAGCAGCAGCUGGUGCAGGGGCGGAAUCAACCAGUGCAGGGGUGGAGGCCGCAGGGGUGGGAGAUGCAGCAGCAGGGGCAUCCACAGCAUCUGGGGCAGCGGCGGCAGCACGAGGAGGAGGGGACCAGAUGGCAUCGGUGGAUGGAUUGGGGAUAUCAGACCUGGAGGCGCUUCUAAUGGAUGCGGAGGGAGAAUUGGGCACGUUCAGCAGUAUGCUCACUGGGUUCAGCCCGCAUCCCUUCAGCAGCAUGGCUGGCAGCGCUCAGUCACUGCCCGAAUCAUUCUUUCCAUCACCAGCGGGUCUAUGGAUAGCGUAG